AUGCGAGUGAGAUUGUAUGGGUUAUAUGUAUUUGUUCAAUCUCAAACCUGUCGCAGUCCGCAGAUUCUUAGUAUGCACUGCUGCCAGCAUCAAACUUCACCAACACCUCCUUGGGUUCCUGUUGCGCCGUCGCUGACUUCUCUCACGCUAAUCUGCUUCGCUCCACGGCUUUGUCGCGAAUGUGGCGGCCGGCUUACAUCGGGUAACCUAUUGACUUACAACGGACCCGCUGACACAUGCACCGAUGACCGUCCCUGUCGCACCCGCUCAUUCGAACGGCGCAGCGUCUCGCUCCUCGCUAGCCUAUGUGCUACCGCCGCGAAGGACUGCCAAUAUGCCCCAUCACGCCGGGGCGGCUUGAAUCGUGUAGCCCUUGCUGAACGAAGAAAGCGCCUUGCCGUCGCAAAUAGUGUCGGCAAUAGCAGUUCCGAGUCACCAACAAGUCUCCCAUCGCAGCAAUCAACAGAUUCACAGAUAUUCGGCCAAGACUCUCUUGCUGAGCUGAACCUUGACAUAAGUAUUUUCGAUAAUGUUAGUCUCGAAAAUCAAAUUCCUACAUCGGCUCCGCCCGCGAACUCGACUAUACGACCAGAUGAUCUCGAGAACGACGCACUUAUAAACGCAUAUUACACUAAUUUCCACAAAUUCCACCCAUUUCUCCUACCGCAGCAGCACUUUACGAGAUUUCGUCAAGAUCCUAACUGGAUAGAACGACUCAGACCACUGAUAAGCACUAUGCAUCUUGUAGGACACAUUUACGCUACCAGAAAAUGGUCUUCAGAGCUUCAAGAUGACGUCGAAAGUCGACUUUCUGAGCCAGCGCCGAACGACCCGGUCAUUGUACAAUGCCGGCUACUUUACUCCAUAGCCCUGUUCUGGUACAGCCACAAGACCGAGGCCAAGCAUCAGAUGGACCUCGCAGUCCGUUUAGUCCUCGACCUGCAAAUGUUCCAAGAGGAAUUCGCAGCAACUCAUGGAGCCGAGUCUCCUGUGUUGAUGGAAUGCUGGAGGCGGACGUGGUGGAUGCUAUAUAUCAUCGAUGCUUACUACGCUGGGACUCUCGGGACAAUGAACUUCGCAGUCGUGGAGGAUAUUCCGGAACCGCAGACUCUCGAAGAGUUCGACCUCCGCGAGUUUGCUUCGGAGGAUACGUCCUACUCCUCCUUUGCAUACCUCAUCGGCGCUGUAAAAUGCGCUGCCCUGGCAAUAUCUACGACACCGAAAUUGGUUGCCAGAGAGGACUCUAUGCGUAUGAUUGAAGAAGCAGACUCAACCAUCGACGGCUGGUCAUUACUGCUGCCAGAAGAUCGUCGCCAUAUCAUGUCCAAGACUGGAGAGAUUGAUGAGCUAAUAGCAAUCAUCGGCCUACAUCGACCUCUAUCAGACCUGAGAUUCAAUACCGUGGAGGACAUCUCUAGCUGUGCAAGGGAGCCUCCUCAAGAAAAUCCCGAGACGGAGCUUGUCAAUGUGCACACCGUCAGAGUUCUUCGGGCGGUGCAAGCACAGGUGAGGCUGUUGGCGUUACCAACCGAACGAUUCCAUCACACUCCAUUCACCACCUGUAUGGUAAGUGAAGGUACAUUGGCGCUGCUAUCGGCCUGCAGUUUUCUACUCAAGGGAAAAGAGCUCGCUGUCGCGCGAGAUCAGAUCCGGAUGACGAUCGGUUGCCUCAAGACUUUGGGGAAAGUGUGGCCCAGAACAGCAAAGAACGUACGGGAGAUCCAGACGAUUGCUCAGCAUGUACUUGGACUCAAACCCAGGCUGAAUGGGGAGAGGACUGCCACAGAUACUGCCGGAGGUCUUGCCGUGACUGAUAAAGGCGAUGCGGGGAAUUCGAAUUCCCAGACCAGUAUGUCAAGCAGCGAGAGUGAGGUGUUCGCCUCGCUGGGUACCAUGGAUGAUGUUUGCGGCUGGUAUAGCAUGGAGGGUAUUAGUUCGCAGCUUUCACAUUGGGUGCAAAGUGACAUUUAG